AUGCUGUACAGUGCUUUAUUAUCUCUAACAGCAUUUAUGUUUUGUCUUAGUCUUUUCCUGGUUCACAGAGCCAGUGUUCUAGAAAAUGAUUUUCACAAACUCCAAGGGGACAUAAUUCUACAAUUAAAUCAGCCACGUUCUGAGGGAGUCAAUGGGAAAAUGGCCAAGAUGUCUAAAACAAGGGAGGACCUAAGUUCUCUGAAUAUAUCUUCUAGCAGAGUAAAACGGGAACAGGGCAGCUGCAGAGCUCCAACAUCAUUCCUGCAGUUAACAGCUAACACUAACAAACAGCCAGACAUGAGAGGAAAUAUAGCAGUGAUCCCUUGGACUGUUUCUUUGCAGCAAGGAAAUGCAAUUUCACAAAAGGAAAACAGAAUUGUUGUCCAAGAAGAUGGAUAUUACUUGGUGUUUGGACAAGUAUUGUGUCACUGUAACUCUACCAUAACUAAAUUGAUAUUAGAUCCGAUUUGUUCCAACUGUUCCGCUAAUGUUCUGCUUAAUUCACAGGUUUUGUUCAAAACCCCAAGUACAGUUAUGGGUCAUAUCAUUCGAAGAUGGGGUUCCAAUAGAACAGACACAACGCCAACCGACCUUUUACGUUGCCUGCAAGAGAUGCCUGAUGGAAAUGAAACUCCUGAAAAUACAUGCUACACUGCAGGCUUAGUGCAGCUGCAUCAGGACGAUGAGCUAGAACUGGUGAUACCAUACAAAACCCAAGCCAACUUCUCUAUGGACGCAGAGUCGACCUUUUUUGGUGUCAUACAGCUGAACUGAAACAAGACAGCAUGAAGAUGAUAACUCUGCAGGAUGUAAGAAGCUGACACUGAGCCGUGUGAGGGGAUGCUGAUAAAGCACCGAGUGACAGCAGCAGAAAAACUGUCAGGAACUGUCAUUAAUAUCAGAAAACUACUAAAUGGAAUUUUUAAAUGAACUGCCCAUCUCUCGUGUCAGUUUUUUCUUAAGACGACUACUUUUAUAAUCCUUUAGUUUUAACCAUGAUGUUGUAUCUUUCAGAUAGUCCACCUGGGCCUUUCCUCUGGCAUUGUUUAUGUGUGCUACCGUCCCCUUUCAUCAGUCUAUUUUAGCAUGUCUCUUUAUACUGAGCUGGGGGCUUCCCUCCAGCUCCACCUCCGCGCUGUCUGUUUAUUUGUUCCUCUCGUCUAUUUUAAAUCGGCUUCCGUUUUCCUCAGACUGUCAGGAACAAACAAAGGUGUAAAUUUAUAUCGCUCUGGGGCUUUUCCUGUUUAACACAAACUCCUUAACACUGAAAAUACUCCAAAGUAUCAUGACAAAAUCAAAUUUUUCUUACAAUAAAUACAUUUUUAAUUGGUAUAACUUAUAUUGAUUGUUUGCAUUUGUAUAAUUGGUUAUAUUAAA